AGCGCCGGCCCCAUGGCCGCGCCGGCCCUCGCCGAUGUCCGAGCGGCACAGGCCCGGCUCCGCGGCCGCCUGCAGCCCACGCCGCUGCUCACCUGCCGCAGCCUGGACCGCCUGGCCGGCCGACGCCUGCUCUUCAAAUGCGAGCUCUUCCAAAGGACCGGCUCUUUCAAGAUCCGCGGGGCCCUGAACGCCGUCGGGUGCCUGGUUGAGGAGAGCGAACGCAGCGGAGGGGGGAAGCCCCGCGCCGUGGUGACACACAGCAGUGGCAAUCACGGGCAGGCGCUGGCCUGUGCUGCACAGGCAGAAGGGGUUCCUGCCUACAUCGUCGUGCCCCGGACAGCCCCACAGUGUAAGCAAUCUGCCAUCCGCGCCUACGGUGCCACGCUGGUGCCAUGUGAGCCCAAUGACAAGUCCAGAGCAGAGACAGCAGCUCGUGUAGUCCAGGAAACGGGAGGAGUGAUGGUGCACCCCAACCAGGACCCGGUGGUGAUGGCAGGGCAAGGCACAAUUGCCCUGGAACUGCUGGAGCAGGCACCCGAGGUAAAUGCAGUGGUGGUUCCUGUCGGAGGAGGAGGAAUGAUUGCAGGAAUGGCAGUUGCCAUCAAGGCUUUGAGACCAGAUGUGAAAGUGUUUGCUGCUGAGCCACGCAACGCAGAUGACUGUUACCAGUCCAAGGUCCGAGGGGAGAUGACCCCCAACCUUCACCCUCCCGACACCAUCGCAGAUGCAGUUAAAACCAGCAUCGGCCCAAACACCUGGCCCAUCAUCAGGGAUCUGGUUGAUGAUGUCCUGACAGUCUCAGAGGAAGAAAUCAAACAAGCCACACGGCUGGUGUGGGAAAGGAUGAAGCUGCUGAUUGAGCCAACAGCAGGCGUGGGAGUGGCGGCCGUGCUGUCAGAGCAGUUCCAGGCACUCCCCAGGGACCUGGGGAACAUUUGCAUCGUGCUGUGUGGAGGAAACGUGGACCUGAGCUCCCUGACCUGGCUCACAGCCCUCCCUGGGAAAGGGCAAUGAGAACAGAGCCGUGGCUCAAGUGGCAGAAACCUCCCUGAAUUCAUAGAGUCUGGUUUGUGCCCCUACUUAAAAACAGAUGAA